UUCUGUCGCUCGACGAGAACCGCAACCAACCGCCAACAUCGGCCCUCCACCAUCCUCGCCGCGCGCCUUGGACAACCGACAAAAUGGCGGACGAUGGCAUGGUCCUCAACUUCGAGAUUGGGGAUGAAGCCUUCAAGCCGCAAGUCAAGUUCAAAGGCGGUCGCUGGAGGGACCGGGUGCGGGCGCAGAAGAGCGCGAAGCGGGGUCUGGACGGCGGGCCAGCUAGAGGGAACGGGACAGGCGAUGGCAGGGCCGAUGCGCAGCGACCUACAAAAAAACAAAGGCUUGGAGAGGGCGAUGACGAUGCCGACCGCCGGCAACAACAGGGAUCUGGCGCCGGCGCCAGGAGCCAGCAGCCAAGGUCUCAGCACGUUACCUCCCGCCUCUUCUCCGCGAACCCGACGGCCGUGACAAACUUUGACGAGAAACCGACCGCCGAAGAACCUACGGAACCUCCCCAGCCGUCGAAUGCGCCCCUUUCGGACGAGGCGGCGACGUUCCACGCCCUCGGGCUGUCGCGGCGCAUCGCCCAGCAUCUCUCCUCUAAGCUCGAGAUGAAGGCCCCGACCUCGAUCCAGAAAAACACGGUGCCGCAACUCAUAAAGGACGACAGUGAUGCCUUUCUACAGGCCCAGACAGGCUCGGGAAAGACGCUGGCAUAUCUGCUGCCCAUAGUGUCGCGAAUACUUGCCCUCAGCGAAAAUCAAGACGGGAGCGUCGUCAAGGGGAACCACAAGAAGAUCAAUCGCAACUCGGGUUUGUUCGCAAUCGUCUUGGCGCCUACCCGCGAGCUGUGCAAGCAAAUAGCCGCGGUGCUGGAGAAGCUCUUGCGGUGUACCCCCUGGAUCGUCAGCACCACGGUCAUCGGCGGCGAGAGCAAGCACAAGGAGAAGUCGCGGCUCAGAAAGGGCGUCAACAUACUGAUCGCGACCCCCGGGCGGCUAACGGACCAUCUGGACCACUCCAAGAUGCUGGAUGUCGGCACUGUUCGCUGGCUGGUGCUCGAUGAGGGCGACAGGCUGAUGGAGAUGGGCUUCGAGGAGGACCUCAGGACUAUCGUGGCCAAGAUACGCAAAGAGCCGCUCCAGGAGGAGAAUAAGGAUGGGGUUUUGCUUGGCGAAAGGCUCCCCAAAAGGCGCGUGACAGUGCUCUGCUCGGCAACUAUGAAGAUGAACGUGCAGAAGCUCGGCGAAAUCAGUCUGGUAGACGCCAUCCACAUCACGGCAGCAGCUGGUGACAGCGGUGGUGAGACGGCAGAAGGCAACGAGGGCAGCGACGUCGUUUUUACGGCGCCGUCCCAGCUCAAGCAGUCCUACCUCAUUGUUCCCGCGAAGCUGCGCCUGGUUACUUUGAUAGCUCUGCUCAAGUCAUCAUUCGCAAGAAAGGGGUCUGUGAUGAAAGCCAUCAUAUUCAUAUCCUGCGCGGACUCGGUCGACUUCCACUUCGCCUUACUCCGCCAACCCCCAGACUCUUCUACGGCAACUCCGCCCGCAAAGCCACUCCCAGCCGGAGAUGCCGAGCCUUCCCCCAAGAAACCAUCAACAACGUCGCACACCGAUACCACAGUGGCCCAGGCAUGCUACAUCUCUUCACCCGCAAACCCCAGCAUAGCAGUGCACAGGCUACACGGCUCGCUCUCACAGCCGGUGCGGACGGCGACGCUCCAGGCCUUCACCACGGCCAAGGACCCGGCCGUCCUGAUCACGACCGACAUUUCCUCUCGAGGCCUCGACGUGCCGGCUGUCGACCUCGUCAUCGAGUACGACCCGUCCUUCAGCGUCGCCGACCACGUGCAUCGCAUAGGCCGGACAGCCCGCGCGGGUCGUCCUGGCAAGGCCAUGCUCUUCCUGCAGCCCGGCUGCGAGGAGGGCUACAUGUCGCUGCUCCACUCGGCCAACCCCGUGGCGCCGCAGCUCUAUGAAACGGUGCUGCGGGCGGGACUCGAGUCCGACGUUGACCUACCCCCCGCCCCGCCGCCGCCCGCCGCCGGCGACGACGACGACGACGACGGCGGCGGCGGCGCCUCGGCUCAGAAGCAACAACAGGCCAAGCAGCAAGACACAAACAAGAAGCAGACCUGGACGUCGCGAGCCGAGGCCCUGCAGCUGCACCUCGAGCAGCGCCUCCUGGCCUCGGACACGUCGGCCUCGGCGGCAAAGGGCGGGAGGAAGGCGGGGUCGAAACACCAGCAGAAGAACCACCAUCACCACCAGCAGCCGAAACCGCCCGUCAAGGGAGCGGGCAGCACGCUUCUCGACGCGGCCCGGCAGGCGUUCCGGUCGCACAUACGCGCGUACGCGACGCACAUCCACGAGGAGCGCAAGUUCUUCGACAUCACGCAGCUGCACCUCGGCCACACGGCAAAGAGCUUCGGCCUGCGCGAGGCCCCCGCCGGCAUCGGCGGCGGCGUCGUCCAGAGGCGCGCGGCGCACAAGGGGUCGGCGGCAUCAUCAGCCUUUGGAGGGAAAAACAAGUCUGACGGCGGCGGACGAGGCUCCGACGACGAGGGAGGCAACGGCGUCGACGAGGAGGCGCUCAGACGGAUGAAGAUGAAGAUGAAGAUGGUUGGCAGCGGUGCCUCCGAGUUCAACAUCGGCUAGGCCGUGUCGAAAAGGGCUCAGGGGCGUGGGUAGUUAGACCCCAAAAAAAACAAAAAAAACAGUUACGAGUCGAGAGAGUAACUUGUCUCCACAGUAUAGCAUCUUCACACACUCAACAGUCGCUGUUCUUAGAAGCAUUGUGAGGUCUAUUUCUUUGUGGGAUAUAAACAAAUGUUUUUGUUAUACAAAGAGCAACCGCGCCCGCUUGUCGCAGGAUGUGCAUGCUCAGGCCUCGUCUCGCAAGCAUGGGAAUCAUCUUCUCGUCAGCCUUUUUUGGCCGUAAACAAACGUCCGUGGCCAAACCCCCAAACACCCUCCCGAUUAGACCUGAAUCCCGUCUUUCAGCCGUCAUUUCCCAUGCCUGCCUGCGUUGCCCUUUGGAUGCUGCCCGGUAAACCCCCAUGCAUUCCCCGUUCCCGACCCAUGAACCCAAGCAAAAUGCACCGCGAUUCCUCCAGCUAUCCUUUGCCCAUAUUCCGGUUGCUCUUUAAAUGUUUUCGUGAGUAUGUAGAGUGGAGAUUUGUCUAUGAGGUAAAUCAAGUAAACCUCUUCAAAAGAGAACUUGAACAAUGCGGUGGCUCGAGCCAGAGGGCGAUAUUGCCUCGGCGGGCCGUGAAUCAACCAUG